ACAUUCCAACUGCAACCAGAGGGGGGGAGGAACAUUCCAACUGAGAUCCGGAUCGGAGAGACAAGAAAUGAGACAAUGCAUGUGGAAGAGAGACCGUUUUCUUGCCCUGACUGUGGUAAAGGUUUUGGGUACCAUUCAACUCUCAUACGUCAUAGCAACUUCCACUGCAGCGGAAAGACCGUAGAGCCACCAAUUGCCGCCGGAUCACUUUCUGUGGCUCCCAGGGCCCCGUCUUUCUACAAAUGCGGCAUUUGCUUAGAAGCCUUUCCACGCCCUAAUGACUUAAAGAAACAUCUGAAGAGCCACUCUGGUGACCUCCAUUACAAGUGUGGAGAAUGUGGACGCACGUUCAGCUGCAACUUCUAUCUGGUCCGUCAUCAGAGAACACACACUGGAGAGCGACCUUUCUCCUGCUCGCUGUGUAACAAGAGCUUCAAGUGCAGCUCUGUCCUUUACCGGCACCAGCGGACGCACACCGGGGAGCAGCCAUUUAAAUGUGAAGUGUGUGAUAAGGGUUUCUCUCAGAAAACCAGUCUGAUCAUCCACCUGCGGACUCACACGGGAGAGCGGCCUUACUCCUGCGCUGUCUGUGGGCGGAGCUUCUGUUCCAAGUCCGCUCUGAUCCGGCAUGAACACAGCCACGGACAGGACGCGCAAUGGGCAGAUCACCCAGUGACUGACAUUUACCCGGACUAUGCCGGGCCUCAGGAGGAGGAUGCUGUUCAGGCUGUUUGCAUGGCCAGGGAUCGUGUGGGACUUAAUGGGGAAGCAUUGGACCCAAGGCAACCUGAAAAUAAGCAAAGUUUGGAUGAUUGCGAUAAUGUGGCUGAUGAAUGGAAUGGGGAGGAGUAUACAAAGAAUCACAUAAACCCUUUUGAGGAAGGCGACAUGGGCUGUGGAUUUAUAUGCCCAGAGUGUGGCGUAGUGUUGCAAUCUCAAUCCCUCCUCAAUACUCACCGCAUGAUCCACGCCGGGAACCGGCCAUUCUGCUCUGACUGUGGCAAAGUCUUCGGCCACCGUUCCUCUCUCAGACGCCACCAGAAUGCACACUGUAGCGCACGGACAGGAAAAUGCAAGGUUAAUGUCAGCCAACUCUCCCCUGCAAUCCAUGUCCAUCACCACCACAAGUGCGGCAUUUGCCAGAUGACUUUUCCAAGCCCAAGUGAACUGCGCAGACACCUGGGAAGUCACAGUGGAAACCAGCGCUACAUGUGUUACGAGUGCAACCGUACAUUCAGCUGUAACUACUUCCUAGUGCGUCACCAGCGAACACACACUGGAGAGCGCCCCUACUCCUGUCCUCUGUGCAACAAGAGCUUCAAGUGCAGCUCUGUCCUUCACCGGCACCAGCGGACGCACACAGGAGAGCAGCCCUACAAGUGUGAAGUGUGCAAUAGGAGUUUCUCCCAGAAAAUCAGUCUAAUCAUCCAUCUGCGAACGCAUACAGGAGAGCGGCCUUACUCCUGCGUGACCUGCGGAAGCAGAUUUGGAUCCAGCUCUGCUAUGAUCCGACACGAAAACAGCCACGAUCAGAGGAGAAGCAAUGCUGAUGAAAACCAAAAUGAGUGUUUACCCACGAGCAGUUUUGUGAAAUUUGAAAAUGUUUCACAGGAUCGAGGAGAGCAUAUGUCCCCUCACAAUUCUAAUACGAUUCCAGAAGACUCGGAGACAAAGGAAAAACAGUCCAAACAGAAAACAAGGCUGCGUGAUGUGACCGAUGGAUGUAAAGCAGAGAUCUUCCCAGAUUAUGCGGCUCCAGACCAGCGUGAGAGAACUCUGUACGAUGAACAUGGUGAUAUCUGUCCAGACUGCGGCCAAACCUUUGAUUCUGAAUCCUUUCUCACCGUAGAUCAGAAGACGCACACUGCUGAGAAACAUUUUACUUGUCCUUCUUGUGGUAAAAGCUUUGGCCACCAGUCCACACUCAUACGACACCGUAAAUCCUACUGCAGCAUUAACAAACGAAAGCCCCAUGCCAUGGCUCAUGGAAAGGGUUUGGAAAACCCAGAAGCUGCUCACCAUCUUUAUAAAUGUGGAAUCUGCAAUGAAAACCUCAGAGAUACGAAGGAGCUUAGGAGGCACUUGGCAAGCCACAGAGGACCACAGAGGUACAAGUGCAAUGAUUGUGGACGUACUUUCUCCUGUAACUACUUUCUAGUGAGACACCAGAGGGUCCACACCGGAGAGCAGCCAUUCAAGUGUCACAUGUGUCAGAAAGCCUUUUCCCAGAAGACCACCCUGGUUAUCCACGUGAGGAAGCACACUGGAGAACGGCCGUACUCCUGCCAGGUCUGUGGCCAGGGCUUCUGCUCCCGGUCAUCCAUGGUCCGACACAAUCAGAGUCACAUGCAGAGGAGGAGUCGGAGAGGAAAGUAUUUCACCAAAAAACAAAAGGUAAAGACUCCGUUAAAUGAGAGCUCAAUCCAAUCAAGCCAGCCUGCAGAGAUAGCCACCAGUGACUCACCGAGUGACAAUGCGUUUAUCUAUCUGAGUGGUGACAAUGACCAUCCGUCAGAAAACAUCGAUGAGGGAGGAGAUGUGAUGCAGACCCCACUUGCCAAACACCGCAUUGAAUGUCCUGUUUGUCGAAAAUCAUUUUCAUCUCAGGCUAACCUAACUGUACAUUACCGAAUGCACACUGGAGAGAGACCUUUCCUCUGUACUGGCUGCGGAAAAAGCUUUGGUCAUCACUCAACACUUAUAAGACACAGAAACUUUCACUGUAAUGUAAAAAUGGGUAAAACGUCUGGUAACCGCAUCCUGAGUAAGGUCCAACGCUCCUACAAGUGUGGAAUUUGCCAAGAAAUCUUCCCAAGCCCUAACGAGCUGAAAAAACACCUGGGAAGUCACUCCGAUGACCAUCGAUAUAAAUGUGGAGAAUGUGGACGCACGUUCAGCUGUAACUUCUACCUAGUCCGCCACCAGAGAACACACACUGGAGAGCGACCUUUCUCCUGCCGGCUGUGUAACAAGAGCUUCAAGUGCAGCUCUGUCCUUUACCGGCACCAGCGGACGCACACUGGGGAGCAGCCAUUUAAAUGUGAAGUGUGUGAUAAGGGUUUCUCCCAGAAAACCAGUCUGACCAUCCACCUGCGGACUCACACGGGAGAGCGGCCUUACUCCUGCGCUGUCUGUGGGCGGAGCUUUUGUUCCAAGUCCGCUCUGAUUCGGCAUGAACACAGCCACGGACAAGACGCGCAAUGGGCAGAUGAGAAUAUACUGGUGGCUGAUACUGUGAAACUGGAAGCGCUGAGCAAUGAGCAUGCAGAGUCCACGUGUCGUGGUGCGGAAAUGUGGAACUCGGACGACCACUGCCUGGACCUUCUAAGAAAAUCUGUCAUGGACUUUGAGAACACAUGUGGAAAAGACUUGGUGAAAAAGGAGGAUUAUGGGAUGGGGACAGCACUGGAGCAUGAACUUCCCAUCCAAGAAACACCAGCUCUGAAUCUCGAGGUGAACAGUGGCUUUAUUUGCCCAGAGUGUGGCAAAUUCUUCCAAACCCAGUCUCUUCUGUCUGCACAUCGGACUCUUCACAUGGAAAGGAAGCGCCUUACCUGCUCUGACUGUGGGAAAACUUUCGGGCACCGUUCAUCUCUCCAGCGGCACCGUAGUGCCCACUGCAGCUUUCGAACUAGCAGAGAAUUCAUUAAACCCAGGACUCCCCCAAUGUUCUUUGAGCACCCCUGUAAAUGUGGCAUUUGCCACACAAGCUUUUCCAGUGCCAUUGAGCUUCGUCGGCAUUUGGCAUGUCAUAAAGGGGAUCAGCGCUACAUGUGCAUUGAAUGUGGACGCACGUUUAACAGUAACUACUUCCUAGUCCGCCAUCAGAGAACACACACCGGAGAGCGACCUUUCUCCUGCCCACUGUGUAACAAGAGCUUCAAGUGCAGCUCUGUCCUUUACCGGCACCAGCGGACGCACACCGGGGAGCAGCCAUUUAAAUGUGAAGUGUGUGAUAAAGGUUUCUCUCAGAAAACCAGUCUGACCAUCCACCUGCGGACUCACACGGGAGAGCGGCCAUACUCCUGUGCGGUCUGUGGGCGGAGCUUCUGUUCAAAGUCCGCUCUGAUCCGGCACAAACAAACUCAUAAAAUAACUGGGAAAGGAAUUGAGCCGGGGACUAGAGAUGAUAAUGUCUCCUAGAUUUUCCACAUUAAUAUUUUAGGUGCCCGGAUUGCAAAACCUUUUCUUGCAUUUGGAGUUUGGAAUAUGUUGAGUGAAUUCACAGUUCUCGUUAAUGAAUAUAACCUAUCAAGACAUAUGUUCUCUUUACUGAGUGUCUUUAUACCAUUUACCAUUCUCUGAUAUACUGAUUGUUAAAAUAAUGUUUUUCAUGAAACCACAGUGGGUUCUCUGGUGAAGUCUAUUUAUACAAUUUUCUCUGAAGUACAACAGGCCCAACACAGACAGUGACUAAAACCGAUAAAAUAUUAGUGAGAGCACAAGGAUAAGUAUAUGCAAAAAAUACACAUAUAAUAAUGACCACAUGAAAUUGCAGUGAAAAAACACUCAAAGACUCUAAGUAAAAAAACAGACCAAAAUAGACCAUAGUGUAAUCUGUAUAAAUGUAAUAAAAACAAGUUAACACAAAUUGGUCCCACUCACAUAUUGCUGAGCCACUUAAUAGUAGGCUUAGACUUUCAGUGCCUUGUAUGAUAAAUGCUGUUGAUAUCAGGCAGGUAGGAUUCCCACAGGAUAACAAAUUACCAACACUUGAUUUGUGAAAACAAAAAAAGGGUAACAGAAAAGUAACCAGAACACUCUGAGUGUUUUUCACUGCAAUUUCAUGUGGUCAUUAUAUGUGUGUAGCGGAGCGCUAGUCCUAGCAGGGACUCUCCUCCACUGGUUACUCCAAGAUGUACUCGAUAUCCAAAAAGCGAUCAGAUCCCACGAACGCAGCCGAAACGCCACCGGGGUAUAGUUUAGACCGACCACACACGAGGCAACCUGCCCAAAACAGUUCCAUGAAAAUAGGCUGUGCGGUCGGUCUCUUUCGGGAGUACGAAAAACAUAUAAAAUAACAUGAUAAUCUGUUUGUGCGUCCGUUCGUAUCAAUGUCUGUUUUGGGAGGUUGCUCCCCCUGAUUGCCGCUCCGUUCAUAUGCUUUCCCAUAAAGUAACUGAAGGUGAAAGUCCCAGCGUUGUUCGUGCUGUCAAGUGUCCGAUUUUAGUUCCACACACUCGACGACCAAACACCACUGUCUUUGUCCGUGUCCCAAGAUGGCCGCCGCCACGUGUUUGCCUAUACGAACGGCGACCACCCAGCCGACCGCUUAGAAUGUUUGUGUAGUUGCGGUUUGUGGAGGUGUGAAUGGUUCUAAUGAGAGGCACACUCCAUAUCUGGGUUGUCUACCGUUCGGUAGUUUGUUCGGUUGUCGAACAAAACUGUGGGAACCACUUAGGGGAAUGGAACUAGACGAACGGCCAGCGAAACAGGGGAAAAGCUUAGGUUUCAAAACAAAGGGGAGUAUGUCUCGUACAUGUACUGCAAUUCCCAAACAUAGGGGACAACGGGAAGGGGGAAAGGAGGCGCAGACAGCCCGGAGCCAGUAUAAGAGUAUGGAAGCAUGGUCCAUUCCGCUACAAUGUGUAUUUUUUGCGUAUAUUUAUCAGUGUGCUCUCACUACUAUUUUAGUUACUGUAUGUGUGUGGUUGGGUGACCUACACUAGGUGAUAGUAGCACCUACCUUUAAACCUUUCAUUUAUCUUUUGCAUUUGUCUAACGCAGACCGUGUAUUUUAGGUUAAGGCAAUAGUACAAGAUACUGUGACAUGUCGCUAGAAUUAGGGACUGAUCUGAAGGAUGACUCUGUGUGUGUGCUGACCACCUACUUUGGUGUUGUGGGUCACAUUUUGUUGGACCAAUAUACAAAGUCUCCAGUAACAGUACUACAUGUACAAUAGAGAAUAACUAACUAACUUAGGGAAUAACACUGCCCCGUAUUAGCCAUACUCACACUCAGAUACA